CUGCGCCAGACCUUAGCCGGCCAUUUUUCUUUCCCGGCACCAGCAACAUUGCACAGGCACAUGUUUUUCGGCGCUUCGAGUUCUCUGCACCGCUCGCUCGGGGACUCUUCAUCUGGCACGAAACCUGUCAAGUGAGGGUUUGAGCCGAACCAAAAUACGAGAAAAGUUAUAAUCGCACAGCAUCUUCGUUCGACCAUGUCGGAUCUCAAUCCUUUCCUCCUGGCUGCGGUCACGCCUGAUCCAGAUCCACGCCUACUGCCCCUCCUCCGGGCCAAGCCAGAUCUCGCCUCUGCACAAGAUGCCCAUGGCUAUUCUCUUCUGCACGCUGCCGCUUCCUAUAGUCAUGUGGAUCUUCUACGUUCCCUUGUCAAUGAAUUCCACGUCGACGUAAAUCUCAGAGACGAAGACGGAGAAACAUGCUUGUUUGUUGCAGAGACGGUGGAAGUAGCCAAAUGUCUGGUCGAGGAAUUGCACGUCGAUCUAGGCGCGCAAAACGACGAGGGCAUGACUGCAGUCGAGAAGUUCGAGGCAGAGCAGGAGUACCCUGAUGUGGCCGCAUAUCUGCGCGAACACUCCUCCAGCCCCGGUGCUAACCGCGCUGGGCCUGUUACCAACGGCGGCCAGCACCCGCCGCCUCUACCGCCUAACGUGAGCAUAAACAUAGAUACGGCGCCAGACCCGACGGCCAACAAUCUCGACCAGGAACCGGACCCCGAAUUCAGGAGGAGGAUCGAAGAGCUGGCCAGCCGAGACAAUUUUCAUACCGAAGAAGGACAGAGAGAGCUGCGGGAUCUGAUCACGGACGCAGUAAGAGGAGUUGGCAGCGGCGAGAGGGAAGUGCGGAGGCGCACCGAGUGACGCCCGCAAAUGCUAGACGACGGAAUGCUGCACGAAGAGAUGAUUCAUCAAUACCACAGGCGCGAAAACGGCAAUCACUUGCAUUGCAAGUGAGACACAAUGCGGCCGGGCUAACCGGUGUUGAUGUGCUCGCAGUAUACUAUCCCACGCCGAGAGGAGCGGUGGCGCGUUGCACACAGCUGCAGGGUUAGUCGUUCAUCCAAGCCGCUACCCGGCCUCCCCCAACUCUGGCUGCAAAACGCAAUCCUGUGCUGCCCAUGGGGAAAUAGCUAACCAAAUACCACGCCAACGCCACGAGUUGUACGAUGGAAGAGAGGAGCGUGAGGAUGGUGGAAUGAAGCUACGGGAUUGUCAGCCGGGGUCUCUUGUGCAGUGGUAGGAGACCAUGUUUGUUACGUACCCCAACCGCAAAGUAGAUGGUCAUGACAAUAGACCCGAAGUAGGCUGCCGUGAAGGGUAACCUGGGCCCUGAGAUCAAGUGUUGUGCAUAUUGAUAUGGUCCCAUCAUGAAAGCCCACGAGGCCAGAAACAGCAUCGAACCAACGGACCACCUGUCGAGAACGCGUCAGCCACACACACACCUCCUUCCAAAAAAGCCACAUGCACGAUUCCAAGUUUGAAUGCCAAAGAGACCGCGAGCAAGGAUGGUCUGCCAAGGGUCAUCCCCAGGAUGGGCCAUGAGUCUCAAGAUAGAAUAGCUGACAUCAUCACGGGGUUGCACGCGGUCACAUGCACGAGGACUGCCAAAGCUGGUGGUGUGAAGCUCAAACAUGGAGGGCCAAAAAAGUAGAAAACACUCACAAAAUCGCAAACUUUCGCGGCUUCAGCGAUAGAACUGGAAACAACGCAAAACAGAUAACGAAACAGGCCAAAGCGGCCACGUUACAUCCUCCAAAUAUGAGGAGGCGAUCCCAUCGGCUUACUGUGAAGGCACUGAAGUCAGUAUCCCUGACGAGACGUUGCAUUGUAAAGGCACUCGCUAUGCAGAGCAAUGCGAAUAUCCGACUUACAUGCGAACCAGCCUUCUUCCUCUUCUCUCCGGGUUGGCGCAGGCAAUGGCGCCCCAGGCGCCUCGUGCGUGGGUAAUUGGACAUAUCCUCUCUGCCCAAACGGAUUGAAGGAUGACAGUCUAGAUAGAAUGGGCGUCGAGGACGAAGUAUUGGCCGCUAUGUCCGGGUCUCGUCGAGACCAUCCUAGAGAGUUCAUUGAAUCUCGAAAAGCAGACGUAGUCAUUCUGGC